AUGCCGUCGUCGCCUGCCUCCGCUUCUUCUCUCUUCGCCAUUGUGCCCCUCGACCGCGGUGGUGCGACAAGCCGCCACGCCAUGGACGCCUGCUACCUCUGCGGGAAGCCGCUCUCCAGAGAUUUCGACGUCUUCAUCUACAGAGGGGACACGCCAUUCUGCAGCGAGGAGUGCAGGGCUGUGAAGAUCGAUACCGACGAGGUGCGUGAGAGGAUUAACACCAAGAUCCUGAAGGAACGUGCUGCGAGAAACGAGCAGCGCCACGGGGCGGCUGCCUCCGAGCACAACAUCACCCGCGCGGGAAAUGUGCCGGUUGCAAGCUAA